AUGGACAUGACAGCUAAUUCGUUCUCAACGCUACACCAGAAGCAGGGACUUUUGAAAGACGAGCUUGAGAAGAAGAGCCAAGAAAAGGAGUACAUUGAAGACGUCUCUAACGAACUAGAACUUGCGGAUGAUGAUGACUUGAUACCGUACAAAAUUGGCGACUCGUUCCUUCAUCUCCCGCUCGAGGAGGUCAUGCAGCUGCUCGAAGCGAAUAAAGAAGAGGUUGGAAAGGGAGUCGAGGAAAUUGUAGAGAAGAUGGAGGCCAAUGAAGUGGUUAUGAGCAGUCUUAAGGUUGAGCUUUAUGCGAAGUUUGGCAAGGCUAUUAAUCUUGAGGUUUAGUUUGGGGAAAAAGGAACGGGGGAAAGAGGGUGUUAGUGAUGUAUCCUAAAGGAUUGCGACAACGAUAGUGAAGUCUUGGGUGGCCUUGGGAGUGGGAUGCGAUGUGAUAUCCAGGUUGUUAUGUUGUGAUGCUUUAGAAUUGAUGGAUGGCUGGUGCAGAGUUCAUUUGUGGGA